AUGGAUAGGUAUCCAAGAGUUCCUAAUCCAAUUAGGGCGAUACGACUUCGCCACAUCUCACCUCAAAGGAGUGAUCCAAUCGAGUCAAGGAUGUCGAGUUUUCAAGCACCACCACCUUCAUGGGAACCUUACAAUAGUCGACUUGGACUCGCUCCCUUGAAGAAAAAGAAGAAUUUUCUCCCUUACCUAGAAGCAGCUGACCUGGAGACGUCUAGCCAAGCCGUCUUCAACCUAGAAGAACACCUUCUAGCUACACCAGAAGAAGAGAUCGACCCUGAGCUUAUCGAGUUCGUGAAGAGAGAUCAAUUCCAUGAUCUCUAUCAAGAGCAUGCGCUGGAGCACAUUGAUCACUUUGAGAAUCUUUGUGAUUCUUAUGGAGUCUUCAACUUUGAGAAGAAGAUAAUGCUAUUCAGCAUGCCCUUAGCUGGGAGAGGCUUUUGA